AUGGCCGAGGCUAUCUAUACAAAGAAUACGGUCGUCAACAUCGACAUCAACGAAUUCCAACCCCGCCUUGGGAGAUAUGUGAUAUACCAAAGCCUGGAAGCUCAGAAAAGACACGUCUCUUCCAUUCCCUUUUCUUCCUCCCCAUACUCCCUCUAUUCUCUCUUCAACAAAACACUCGUCAAAAUGCAAAAGUAUCAGCUAUUGUGCAUUCUUUUCGUCACCUUUGGCUCCAUCUUCUAUGGCUAUGACUCUGGUUGUACAACGUCCGUCCUCGCAUACACCUCGUUCAUCGAGUACUUCAACCUCGACGCCACGACCAUCGGAGCUUUCGGAUCUGCCUAUUACGGUGGUGGCGCUGUCGGUUGUUUUCUCAACUACUACUUGCCUGACAAAUAUGGACGCCUGCGCACCAUACAGCUAUCCUGCGUGAUCGCCUUGAUCGGCUCUGCAAUGCAGGCCGGAGCGUCAAACUUCCCAGUCUUCUGCACUGGCCGUGUCCUCACAGGAAUCGGCACGGGGAUUAUCUUCAGCGUAUGCCCCACCUACGCCUCUGAGAUUGCAACUCCCGAGAUCAGAGGCCGUGUGGGCUCGCUCUAUGCAUUCAACGUCAACUUUGCCUACAUGCUCACGGAGUGGAUGGGGCUCGGCUUCUAUUACAUCAAGGGCAACGCCGCAUGGCGCACCUUGCUGGCAAUACAGCUUGUCCCGGCCUCGUUCAUGCUGAUUGCUUCGUUCUGGAUGCCCUUCUCUCCCCGAUGGCUCAUCAUGAAGGGGCGGGAGGAGGAGGCACUCGAAGUACUGAGAAAGCUUCAUGCCGGCGUCGAAGGGCACGAGGAGGACUUCUAUAUCAAGGAGUUUCACCAAAUCAAGACCCAGUACCAGAUCGACAAGGCUAACAAGCUCGGCCUGGUCGCCAUCUUCAAGAAGAAAUCGUACCGCAAACGCAUGUACCUCAUCUUGUUAUUCGUGUCAUUCUGCCAGUUCACUGGCAUCAUUCCACUACAGAACUAUCAAGUCACCAUCUACACGAAACUUGGCUUCACCAAUGUCUUUAGUCUUGUGCUUACAGGUAUCUGGGGCACGUUGGGCUGCUUGUCGACGAUCACCGCCAGUCAGAUUGUUGACAGAAUGGGCCGACGACAUCUGAUGUUUGUGUCGUACAGUUUCAUGAUCCCUGGAGGCAUCCUUCUCGUGGCUCUGUGGGCAAGCUUCGAAGCGACCAACAGCACCAACUACGCGAUAGGCAAGGCUGUCAUCUUCGGUAUGUUUUUCUAUGGCUUCGGGUAUGGUGGCUUUAUGAACACCUUCUUCCCGACCUACUGCACCGAAAUCAUGCCCACCAACAUUCGCGCCACCGGUACCGCUAGCGGCUACGCGCUCUUCAACCUUAUCGUCAUCAUGCUGGUGCAGGUCACGCCCAUGGCCAUCGAGGCCAUCAGCUGGAAGUACUUCAUGAUCUUCGUCAUCUGCGACAUUAUCUUCAUUGUCAUCUUCGUCAUAUUCUACCCGGAGACGAAGAACAAGACCUUGGAGGAAAUCAGUGCCAUUUUCGGUGAUGAGAUUGCCGAGACACUCGAAGAGGCUGGUCAGCAUGUGGAUGAAGUCUUGCACGAGCACGAGAAGGCCGUCCACCAUAUUGACGAAGUCCCUGUCAAGUCUGCGUAG